AUGUAUAGAUUCAACAACCCUUUCGACGGCUGGAAGUCCGAUCGUCAGCAAACACCUUCAAUUUACGGCGCCCUUCCAUACCCUGGUGGUUCACCGAACGCGUCGUCCUCCACUCUUUCAUCCUUCACGUUCACUGCGUUCAAUCCGAACAUCAUGAAUUGCACGAUUAUGGGACCCGACUCGACACCGCACAUGUAUAUCGUUACCGACCCCGCUAUGCCAACAUAUACUCUCUUCAAGAACGCCAACAACCAGAAUAUUGCAUUGAUCGAGUGGCAGCAGCAUCCCUUGGUUGAAGUUCGUGGCAAACUCGUUAAGCAGGAAAUACGACAAUGGCUCUCUCUUUCUUCCGAUAGAAAGUCAAGGAGAAUGCGAGUUAGUGGCACAAGUUACAGCUGGAGCCCUUACGGAGAAACUAUCAAUCUAUCUACCCCUACCCCUCAUGGCUCGCAAAGCUUUGUAGGAAGAAUAUCCAGGGGUCGCGAAUCGAUCAUCCUAGAACUGUCGUCACAUGCUGUUCAGUCAGAUUUGCAUGAUGUUUCGAUCGUGGCAACAUUUCUCCUCCAGUGCGGACGAAACAUCGAUUGA